GGGGCUCAGCAGUGCCCCUCGAGGCUGUGGGACAAGGCAGCCCUUUGGGGAAGCUGUGUCAUCCACACCUAGGCAUUCCUACGCUAGAGGGUUACAUCACAGACCCUGCCAUCUGCACAACUCCAUUGGCCCAUCUCCCAUUAUCUCCCAUUGUUAUCUCAGAAUGCUGCAAAUAUUGGGGGAGGGGGGAGCUCACAACACUGAAAGGCUACAAUGGGAGGCAACCGUUUUGAUUGGCAUAAAUGGUAGCUGACAUACGUCUGCUUCAGUGGAGUUGGAUGUCUUUGUGAAUACCUGAGCACAUGGGAAUGCCGCAGAAGAAGAAACUGCCACUCACUGACGAAAAUAUCCAGAGAUCUGCUGUAGAGCCCAAGUUGGAGACGGGGGAUUAUCAGGCGCCAAGUUCUGUGGCUUGCCCUAGUCAUUCUGGGGCUCCCCCUGUGGAAGCUGGUGACCCCUUGGAAAUUUCAUGGAAGACUUUUCUCUCUGUCCUCAGGUCAAUGGAAGAAUGUUCGGAAAAUAUGAGAAACUCUUUGGUGCCGCAGCUCAUCACAUCUCAGCCAGUCCUGUCAAGGAAGAAGACUAGCACCAAGUCUGAAAAAAUUAGGAAAGGACGGUCAAGUGCUCUCCCGGUUAUACUGAAACCUGGUGAAAAAUCCAACCUUAAAAUCCAGAAGGAAAGGGAGUUAAGUGCUGCUGUUCACACUUCGAAGCAAGAUGGAGAAAAAAGAAUUGGAUCAGGUCAGCUUGAUCCCUGUGGAAAGACUCCUAAAGGAGACACAUGCUAUACAACAAGCAAAACCAAGCUAGAACAAACAUCAUGUGAGACAAGUUACACCCAAAUAGGUUUGUCUCUACCAGAGCCUAAAACUAUGGUCCAAAGACAGUGGGAAGUACCGACUUUAAUUUCCCAAGAAAACAUGUCUGUAACUCAUAAGUUCAAGAAAGGAAGCGCAGGGCUGGCAAAUCCUAAGGACCGGCACCAGCAGUCAUCCCAGGUAGAAGCACUUUCUCAGCCUCAGCUGCCGUCUCAAGAUGGCAGCCGUCAUGGAUCCAACAAAGCUUUCCGACAGAAAUUAAACAGCAACAUCAGCGCCCUCCCUCACUUGGAAUGCCAAGCCAAACCACAUUUGGUGGUGACCGCUCUGAAGCCUCCCCCGCAAGACGCUCUUUUCCCCCACAUAGCCAUGAAGAACUUGCAGAAUGUGUCGGCUCUGCAUCCGGAUAACCGAUCUCAAGUCCAGCCAUUUCCUCCCAGUCACUCUGAAAACAUCCCCAGAGGGCUGAGCAGCAAGUCAGAUGUGGAGAAGAUGCACAACCUCAAGCUCCCACUAACUUCAACAGAAGCAUUGAAACAUUUUAAAAAUCAGCUAACACUGUACGAACAACGAGAAAUCAAGGACUACAAAGAGCUGUGGUUUCUCGGCCUGGGGGCGAAGAAGAUUGAAGGCUACACGGAGGCAGAGAACAGCAGCUCCUAUGAUGACGACCACGGCUCCUACAGAAAGGUACUAAGUGAUCAUAUUGCAUAUAGAUAUGAAAUCCUGGCUAUUAUUGGGAAAGGAUCCUUUGGCCAUGUUGUAAAGUGUGUGGACCACAAGACAGGUGAAAAAGUAGCAGUGAAAAUAAUAAGGAACAAAAAGAGAUUCCACAAUCAGGCCUUGGUAGAAGUUGGCAUCUUAAAUACACUACGGCAAAAGGACCAGGACAAUAUGCACAACGUCGUCCACAUGAAAGAGUAUUUUUACUUUCGUAAUCAUUUCUGCAUCUCCUUUGAAUUAUUAGGUUUAAAUUUAUAUGAAUUAAUCAAGAAAAACAAUUUCCAAGGUUUUACCUUGGGUUUGAUUCGUCGUUUCACCCAUUGUAUCUUAAGAUGUUUACAACUAUUGUAUACAGAAAAAAUUAUCCACUGUGAUCUGAAGCCUGAGAACAUACUAAUAAGCCAAUCUCAACUUGGACAAAUUUCAUUUAAAGUUAUUGAUUUUGGAUCAAGCUGCUAUGAACACCAAAGAGUGUACACUUAUGUCCAAAGUCGGUUUUAUCGUUCUCCAGAAGUCAUUCUGGGCCAUCCUUACACAACCUCGAUCGAUAUGUGGAGCUUGGGCUGCAUCAUGGCUGAGCUCUACACGGGGUACCCACUUUUUCCAGGGGAAAAUGAAGUGGAGCAACUUGCAUGCAUUAUGGAGAUCUUAGGACUUCCACCACUUGAUUUCAUUCAAACUGCAUCAAGAAGACGAACAUUCUUUGAUUCCAGUGGUACUCCAAAGACUGUUACAAACAGUAGAGGAAAAAUAAGGAACCCAAAUUCCAAAGAUCUAAGCACUGUAUUGAAAGCAUAUGAUGGCUCUUUUCUGGAUUUUCUCAAGAAGUGCCUCAUAUGGAAACCUUCCUUGCGCAUGAUUCCAGAAGAAGCGAUACACCAUGCUUGGAUGGAGGAUCCUUGGCCGCAUAAAAUGAAACAAAAGCCCAAGACUGCUACAAAGCAGAGUGAGGGAACUUUCUUCACUCCAGAGAAGAAAAAGGAAAAUGCUCAUAAAAAUACACAGAUAGAAAGAGGAGAUGACAUCGCUUGGCAACCGUCUAGCACAGAAGUAAAAUCUGAUCCGCCUGAAAGGUUACCUGUUUCAUAUCAAAAACUCUCUCCCGUUGCCUUGGCCCAGGAAACAAAUAAAGAGGGAAACCAGGACCCAGGUAAACAGGACACUCCAGGAAAAGAAAGAGAAGCUCUGAUGGAUAAAGCUGCCAGAAGAGACCAUAGGGCUGAGAAGGUCUUGCACAAAAAUACAAGCAUCUUGCCACCCAUUAAGUACAAGCAGUGACUGGUUCUCUUUCCAUACAAUUUCUAGAUAAAUAUUUUGAUGUCA